AUGCUAUAUAUAACCCUAAUAUAAAAUGUAAAUUUCCAAAACACUAAUUACUACUUCAGCCGCUCACCUGGACUUCCCUCAUUCAAAUUUUUCCAAACUUCUUCUCCUUCCUUCUCACAGCCGAAGCGAAACUAAGACGAACCCAAGAAAAACAACUCAAGCUUUCUCACGGCACCGAACCCAGAAAUUUCUUGGCCAAAAACAACACACUCGAACCUGUCUUCUUCUCACCGUCACUCACAGACGAACCCAAGAAAAACAACUCAUGCUUUCUCACGGCACCGAAUCCAGAAAUUUCUUGGCCAAAAACAAUACACCCGAACCAAGAACAGUAACACAGUAACACACACACGGCUGCUUAGUUUAGUUUGUGCUCACUGCCUCCCAGAUUUUGUAAAUGGUUGUACAACAUAAAGGAUUGGCCUUUCUAAAGGCAGAUGAUGAGAACGAAGUUGAUUUUGAUGAUGAUGUUUCUGAAUCUGGUUCUGAGUUUGAAACUGAAUCAGAAGAUGAAGAUGGAGAUGUGAAAUUGGUGGAACCAUCAAAGACUGCCAUUUACAACACUGAUGGAAUGCUCGAUAAACUCGGUGACAUUAAGUGGCCAGACAAUGUGGAGUGGAUACACAAGCUAUCUGUUGAUGUUGAUCAACAGCAAGCGGUGGAUGUGAAUGAUGAUCUGACCAGGGAGCUUGCCUUCUACAGUCAAGCUCUGGAGGGAACGAAACAAGCAUUCGGGAAGCUUCAGUCGAUGGGGAUUCCUUUUCUCAGGCCACCUGAUUAUUAUGCAGAGAUGGUGAAGACAGACUCUCACAUGGAGAAAGUAAAGGGUCGACUUUUGGAGGAGAAGAAGAAUAUUGAAGAGGCUGAGGAGAGAAGGAAAUCAAGAGAGUCAAAGAAAUUGGCUAAAGAAGUCCAAGCCCAGAAGAUGAAAGAGAGGGCUAAGCAGAAAAAGGAUGACAUUGAAUCCGUUAAGAAGUGGAGGAAACAGAGGCAGCAGAGCGGGUUUCCUGAAGGUGGUGAAAAGGAUGGUGAGUUGGACUUUUCCUUUGAAGAUGGAAAAUCAUUCCAGAGAUCAAAUAAGCAGCGACCUGGUGUGCGUCCUGGAGAUCGAUCUGGAGGGAAAGCAAGAGAAAGCCGAGGUGGAGUUGGACAGGGAAAACAACAGAAGAAGAAGAGGGAUUUUAAGGAUUCCAAAUUUGGAUUCGGAGGCAAGAAAUCGUUGAAGAAGCAGAACACAGCUGAAACCACAAACGAUUUCCGAGAUUUUAAGAAAGGAGGGAAUGCUUCUGGAGGAAACAAGAAAAGAAAGAGGUGAAAGAGUUGCAACUUCUUCUGUUGUUGAUUUAAUCUGUCUUUUUUAAAGUUGAAAAACCAAAUCAGUUAAUUUAUGUAAUAAUUUUCUUCUUUUUCUUUUUUCCUUAAAAGAGCAAUCUGUUAGCUCUUAAACUUUUGUGACCUUGAAACAAUUUUAUUCCUAUUGCUAGUGUUAUAUUUUAAUAGUUUCAACUUCAA